UUUUGUUGCCUGCUAACACUGUACAGCUCAUGCAUGCGCGCAUAAAACUGCAACCGCGGACAUUCGCGAUGUCCCGAGUAUUUUCAAGUUUCGUGCGGCACUUACAGGUUUUUAGGCAUUUAUCAAACGAGGCGCUUAAAACAAGUGGUGAAAAAAGUUUGUCCACUAUUCUUCAAAAAAAAUUUCCGGAGGCGGAAGACAUACAAGUGAAGGAUAUUUCAGGUGGUUGCGGUGCAAUGUACGAAGUGUACGUCCAGUCGACUGUAUUUAAGAAUCUGUCUAGGGUACAGCAACAUAGGUUGGUUAACGAGGCCUUGAAAGCGGAGAUACAAGACAUGCAUGGGAUCAGAAUCACUACAGCUCUUCCCGGCAAAUAAUAGAGGUGUAUAUUUUUUAAGUAGGUUAUGUGUAAUUUUUGUUUUAAGAAAUGCGGUAAAGGUAAUUGUGUACAGCAAGACCUGCUAUGUUAUUUAAAAAAAAAAAUAAAUGGCUUCUUUGUCUGUG